UUUCUUUAGAUAUUGCGAAUCGAUUGCAAAUAUUGUAAAGAUUUACACUAAAGGUUCACCAUAUUUUCAUGGUUGCUUCUUACAAAAAUUGAAAGAUUUAACGCAACGACUACUUGAACAUGGAGGAGGAGGAGGGUAAGCGAUUAAAAUCUACGUAUAUAAUUUAAUACGCAUUUGAGAUAAACAAAAUUUUUUGAUUUUCCAUAUUAUUAAUUAGCACCAAUGAAUCUUCUUCAUGGCUCUUUGCCAAAAAAAUGCCAAAAGCAACUCUCGAUUCUCUGUGGGGUUCAUUAGAAGGAAAGUUCAAUAAGUUUGUUGCUGGAGAUGUAAUAGAUGAAAAUGUUAGGAAAUCUUCAUCCUCGAGUACCUCCGAAACUAUUGGACCAUUUUCACAUUUUAGUUCCAUCACCCAUCCCACUUCUGAAGUGCCAUCUCGUAGUGUAUCUGCUUCAGACUUUCGUCCUAUCCCCAAUCCUACUGUAGAUAUUCGUCGUGCAACUACCCCGAGCGCAGUGGUUCAAAAACACUUAAAUGGAAAUCAGCGAAGAUCGUCAACUCCUGGUGUUGGACUAGUUAACGGUGGUUAUAAUGAUAAUUUUAGCCCUACUACAUCUGAUGGUCAAAAUACGAUUUCUUCCGUCCCUGAAAGAGAAUCUCUUGAAACGUCUCCAACGGAUGACAAAAACGGUUAUUAUGGACAUUUUAAAAGGCAGGACCAACAAUAUUCUGGUUCUUACGGGUAUUCCAGUUAUAAACAUUUUGAUAAUAACCAACAAUCAGUUACGGAUAAUGGAUAUGCAUACGGUGCUAGUUCUAAUGAACAACAGUCAGGCUAUAAUGAUACUCCAUUAUCGGAUUAUUCUGGUGUUGAAACAAAUAAACAAAAUCAACAUCAACAACCUAUUUAUUCAUAUUAUCAACCAUCGGAAGCGUCUUACAAAAAUGAUUCUGCAUGGUGGAAUGACCCAAAUUCUGAUUCUACCAAUAUAAUUGAGGAUCAAAAAGCAGACCAAACCCAAACUGAUGAUAUUGGUGAGGGUGAAUUCAUAUCUCUCAUGGAUAAUAAUUUUACAUUUGUUCCAGCACCAGCACCAGCACCAGCACCAUCAACGACAGGCACUUCAAAUCAAAAUAAUACUUUGGAUGAGGAUUAUGAUGAUUUGGGUUUAGGAAAUAAUUCGUUUGGAUCCAAAAAGAAUAAUGAUCAAACUACAGAUUCUGUGACUGACAUAAGCAAUAAUAGCCAUGAAACUAAACAUGAUAUUUCUCAAACAGAACAAAAAAAGGAAGAAAAGCAGGAUGAACAACAGGAAAAGAAAGGAUGGUUUGGAAGAUGGUUUGGAAAGAAAGAAGGUGGCAAAACUGCUAAUUUAGGAGAAGAAAGUUCAUUUUACUAUGAUCCAGUUCAAAAAAGAUGGAUUAAUAAGAAGGCUGGUAAUGAGCCUAAUAAUACAUUAAUGCCACCACCACCUCCUCCGCAACGUUCAAAAACAACAUCACCUCAGUCCUCAUAUUCAGCGAUGAGUUCAAAUCCUAACAGACAAUCAUUACCUCCUAUGGAUAACAAAAAUCUUGCAGGCCCGCCAAUUAGUGCUACACCACCACCACCAAACAAAGGUGGCCGUGCAUCAAGUGCAAGUAUGAGACGGGGUGUCAGAAGAUAUGUGGAUAUAAUGAAUCAACCACCGCCUAAUUAAAAUUGAAGUAAUAUUUAAUGUUAAUAGGUUCCAUGUAAACAAAUUAACAUGGGUUGUAUGAUAUAUUUUAUUUACUUUAUUUUUGUAUUUUAUUAAACCAAAACAAGACAAUGCAAUUUCUUUAGAACAUCAGUUUAUUUGAUUUUAUUAUUUAUUUUUUAUUUUAAUAAUUUGGUUUUAAUUUUAUUUAUUUGUUAAAUUUAGCUGACAAAAAAUAAAUAAAUUUGUAAUUAACAAAAAUAUUAUUAUAGAUAAUAUUCCAUUAAAAUUCAGAAAAUGCUUAAUAGGAUCCAGACAAUUAUAAUAACAUUAUACUGAAAAUUCAUCGUUAUUAUUUAUAUUAAUAGUAAAAAAAUAUACAAAAUUUUUCAUUAUUAUAUGGAUUUAUUUAUUAGAAAAAUUUAUUUUUUUUUUUUUUAUAUUAAAUUAUAAGUCAACUUAUUGAGAAGACUAAAGAAAACUAAUGGUUUUUC